CUGCAUGAAUGUCUUGAAUCACUUCCGGAAAGUGUCACGCUGUCCUCCAUCGGCGCUUAGGACAGUGGAUUGUGGGUCAUUUCAGGAAAACUUCGCUGAAAUCAUGGUUUUCGAGGACAAAAUGAUCAUGAACGGAGAACCAGAUGAGGAGGAGGAAGAGGAGGAGGAAGAGGAAGAUAUGGUGGACCCUUUAGAGACCGUUAGGCAGAAGUGCGAGCAGUCGGAGCAUUGCGCUCACGCCCGUGAGCGGCUCGAGACUUGCGACGCACGGGUGGGCUCGCGUUCAGAGACAGCUGAAGAUUGCACAGAGGAGCUCUUUGACUUCCUGCAUGCUCGCGACCACUGUGUGGCCCACAAAGUCUUCCAAUCAAUCAAAUAAAUGGAAAUCCUCCACGCUGUUCCUUGAUGGAUGUCUGCUAAUUAUAAAUACUGUCCUAUAAUUUAGAUGUGAUAUUUGUCGCAGAUUCCACAAGUCACUUUAACUAUUAAGUUGUUCAACUUCUCUGUUUUGCCGAAUUGUGAAUAAAGUUGUUAGUAACUGUAA